AUGGAUUCUGAUGAAGAGAAGCGUCGACGAGAGAGACGGCGACGUGAGCGGGAAGCUCGUCAUCGCGAUGGAAAAUCUCGGUCUAAGAGGACCAACUACCAGUUGGAUAUUAUCGAUAAACUGGAUGUGACCAGUAUUUACGGUACGGGAAUGUUCCAUCACGAUGGUCCUUUCGAUGCCUGCAACCCUCACCGCAACCGCAAAGGGUCGCGCACCGCUCCCAUGCAGGCCUUCCCCAAGGACUCUCCCAACAUGGCGCUGGGAGGUUCUGGACCCGUCAACAAGAAUAUCAACCUUGACCAAUUUCACGGUACGAUGGAGGAAGGGUUCAAUGAUUACAGCUCAACGGGUGCUGCAAGAAGCGGGGAGGCCGUGAGCUUCGACCCGAAAUCACGCAUCGAACCCAUUCAUGGAGCAGAAAGUAUGGGCCUUGGUACAAGCACUUUCCUUGAGGGAGCGCCAGCAAGUCGUGCUGCGAUGCAGCGUCGCGCGAGCGAGAAUGAGAACCAACUCUCCCAGAACGGAGGUCUUCAGCGGAAGAAGAGUCUUGCUCAAAGACUACGAGGCAUCAAUAAGCCGCAAGGCGGACGGAUGGCCUCCCCCGACGCCUCCUAUAAUCCUCCACUCAGCUCCAGCCACUCUGGGCCGCUUCGAGCGAACGAGAAGAACCCAUUCUUCCAAGAUUAUGAUGACGCUUGGGACAAGAAAGGCGCUCGGAUCAACACCGCUGAGGAAUCACGGUCAGGCAUUGAAGGCGGCCGUGCACGGUCUUCCAGUAGCCCCAAACAGAGCACCAACCUCGAAAGAAGGUUCACCAAUGAACGUUCGAAUACCGGGGGUGAAGAUGGGAAGAGCGGAGGCGGCGGCGGCGGCUUCAUCAACAGAAUGAAGAGUUUGCGGAAGCCCCGGCCCGAGCGGCGGAUCAGCAAUGACUGA